AUGGAUGAAAUUUAUAAGAUCGCUUCCACAGAAAGGAUCCAGCAGUUAGAAAAAGAACUGGCUUUGCAACUGACUGAACUAAAGUCUGAGAUAGAAGAACAGGAGACUCAUCAAGCUUACAGCUCUAUUCGAAUGCCCAAGGACAUUUCUUACUUUCGAAGAGAAAGGGAAUUGGCUCUAAAGAAAACUUUACAGGUGGCUGAGUCAAAGCCCCUUGUUGUUCAAGCAGAUGUCAUGCAGAGGGAGCUAGAGAGCUGCCUAAGAAGAGAGUACACUCCUGAAAAUUUACCUUUGCUUCUGUUGCAGAAACAAGUUGCUUACAUUAUGCAGGAAUACAAUGAUGCCCUUCAGAGAGCUGAAAGAUUGUCUGUUGCACGAGAAAACUUCCUUCUGGGAAAAAACAAUCCUUCUAACUUAGUGACACAAGAAGACCUGACUAUUUACACAAAGUGGAUUGUAUGUCACCUACACUCGCUCAGGACUGUUCACCACUACCUACGGUCCCUCCAGUAUUUGCCCAUCUCCAAAGUGCUGAGUGUAGCUAUUGAUGAAUUUCCUGAGGCUUGUCAGGAGAAUGAAAAUGUAUGUGUUGAUGACAUCGACCCUAAUAUCCAGAGUUCUGGAUCUCUAGACCCUGUGGAUACCAGCAUUUCAGGGCUGACAAGAACAGAAGCUGCUUUCUCCCUGCCCCAACACGUGACUGAAAGAGAAGGACUGAAACCCCAGCUGAGGCUCCUGCUCUCCCAUUUUAAUAUCCCAUAUGACGUGGAAGAGCUAAGGGAUGCUACUAAGGAAAUGGAACUUUUUAAUUUGGUUUCCCAAAAAUUUCAAAGCAUCUUUAUGGAGCAACAGAGAAUGCAAACAUUUCCAGACUAUGAUGCGAAGAUAGCUACUAUGGAGAAUUUGGGUUUGGCAGGACCUGGUAUGGCCUUGAAAAAGAAAGCUAACUGGAUUUCCUUUAUAAAGAUUAAGCCAAAAUGUGAUCCUUGGCAAAAGAAGAUGUUGACCAAACUAAAAGAACGGAAAAGAAUUGAUGCAUUAAUGCAACUCCAAGCAAAGUUUUUGAAGAAAUAUUAG